GAAGACCAUGGAAGAAGACGGCUUUUGUCUAAACAUGGCUGCAGGUCAGUAGUUGCUCGCGGUGCGUGAUCUGCGUGACAAAACUGGAAGCUUUUCUAAGUAUGUGGAUAACAGGAAAGACAGAUCAGACUUCCCAGCGAGACGCAAUAUUCAACGACCUCUACUCAGAAUGUAGGCACGCCCCACCAGGGGCACGUCUCUCGUACCUCGUUCGCAAUAAGAUCGAGCGGCUGACGCGAGAGGAACGCAAAGACAUCGUUUCACGUCUUCGAGAAGGAUGUGCACCCUUGUUCGUCGCGUGCAAGAAGGGCAACUCGGACAUUGUAGAGUACCUGAUAACCAUGUGUGGAGCCGACCUGGAACAGCGUGGCGUCUACGAAGUGACCGAUGACCGCUCGAUCCACUUUGUGACCCCACUGUGGUGUGCGGCCGUGGCGGGCAAGCUGGCGGUCGUCAAACAGCUGAUCGACUAUGGCGCCAACGUGAACAGUGUGUCGGACACGGGCUCGACGCCCGUGCGCUCGGCAUGCUUCAUGUCGCACCGCGAAGUGGUCAUGUACCUGGUCAACCACGGUGCUGACAUCUUGAAACCAAACUACAACGGCGGCACCUGCCUCAUCAACUCGGUGCAGAGCGUGAGCUUGUGCCGUUUCCUGCUGCGCCGUGGCGCGGACGUCAAUGCUCAGGACGUGCAGCUCAAGACAGCGUUGCACUACGCCAUCCAGGAGCAUCGUUUCGACACGACGCGUCUUCUGCUGGAGCAGCACGCCAACCCGUUCCUGCGGAGCCGGUAUGGCGACGACGCGCUCCAGACGGCCUGCCUCAAGGGCGCCGCGCAGAUCUACGAGUACCUGGUCAGCACCGUCGAGUACAGCGCCGCGCGGCGCGCCGAGGCCGACGAGCUGAUGGGCACCACGUUCCUAGACGAGCACCACGACGUGCAGUCGGCGCUCUUCUACUGGCGGCGAGCGCAGGCGCUGCGCACGCGAGAGAGCGUGCCCAAGCCCCUGGGCGGGGGGCUGCGGCGGCCGGCCUUCCAGAUGGCCGUCGAGUACGCGAGCGCCGACCAGCUGGACGCGCUGGCGCACGACCUGGACGCGCUGCGCACCCAGUCGCUGCUCAUGUGCGAGCGCAUCCUGGGCGCGCAGCACAAGGACACCGUGUUUCGGCUCAUGUACCGCGGUGCCGCGUACGCCGACAGCAUGCAGUACCAGCGCUGCAUCGACCUGUGGCAGUACGCGCUCGAGCUGCGCGUGGCCAAGGACACGCUUCUGCACACCGAGGCGGGCCAGGCAGCCGCGGCGCUGGUGCGCCUCUACCUCGACAUGCUGGACAAGGGGGAGCUGCUGCGCGACCGGCUGCGGCUGGAGGACGUGCUGGCCACGGCGCGCCUGCUGGUCGACCGGUGCGGCGAGUCUGCGCGGCUGCUCGCCGAGCGGCCCGUGUACCGGCGGCACCUGGACAACUUCGACAAGCUGCUGCGCGUGCUCACGCACCUGCUGCACGUGCUGCACGCGCUGCCCAAGCGCGACGCCGCUGACGAGGCGGCCGUACGGCGCCUGGUGUGCUGCGCGCUGGCCCAGCAGCCGCGCACGGCGUCGGGCGACUCGCUGCUGCACCUAGUGGUGAGCCGCGCCAACACCAUGAAGCCGACGGCGUUCUUCGAGGAGGCGCACGCACACGUGUUUCCCGACGCGUCGCUGGCCGCCCUGCUGCUCGACUGCGGCGCCGACGUGGAGGCCGUCAACGAGGCCCGCAGUACGGCGCUGCACGUGGCCGCGCUGCGUAACAACUUCGUGCCGGACGUGGUGCAGACGUUGCUGCGCUACGGGGCCCACCUGGACCGACGCAACGCCAACGGGAACCAGCCUCAUCGCAUGCUGGCCGGCAUCAGCGAGUGCGUGCUCAACCCCCUUCAGCACAUUAGCCUGCAGUGCCUUGCCGCCCGCAAGAUUGUGGAGCGCCGGAUCCCCUUUGCUGGCGAGGUGCCCAGUGCACUCGAGAACUUCAUCCGCAUCCACUGAUGUGGCCAGGUUUUCAGAGAGAAAGACAGGCAUGCCAAAGUCCGCCGACUUGUAAAAACGUGUGGCACUUUGAGUAGUGAAUGAGCAAAAUUUGCUUGCCUCCACACCUAUGCAAGAUGCAAUAACCAACAUAUGCAAGUACACUUUCUUUUUUUUUUUUUUACCAACCCUCUGUUUUUGAGUAUGAUGUUUUCUCCCAUCUUAGGGACCAUGUGUUGGCACAGUGUUCUGAUGCAUCGAGGCUGUGGAUCUGAAAUGAUUGCCUUGCUUAAACAGCUCUAUUCUGGGGUAACAUGCAUAGUUUUUGUGUAUGCCUAAACCAAGUGCCAAAAUGAUGCAAGGUGUGACUUGGCUGUCAGCCCUCUGGUUCACGCCUGAAAGUCUGCAACCAUCUGAUUAGCCAUGGCAUUUCAACUGACCUGAACUUGCUGUGCGAAAGUGACUGUGCGGUAGUGGGGGGUCAUUCUGCAAGUAGUCAGUUGGAGAUUCUGCGGUGCUGUUGUUCUGGCCUUGUGAACCUGUCCAAGAAAGUUGCCUUUUUAUGGGUGAAGCUUUCAAUAAAGCAUCAUUGCAGGAUGA